AGGCAGGUCAGUGUUGGUGUAAAAAUAAGUUACAGUGAUAUCCCUUCAUUGGAGAGCUGUGUUGUUACAUUGUAUUUUCUUGUUGGUUGAAGUAGGCUCUGUUCUGUUGGGAUCCAGGACAGCACUGGGGGAUUGUUGCAGGCUGGUUGAUCAGAGAGGAACCAUUGAUCGUCUAAAAAUUGAUGAUGUGGGGACAUUUCGUUGAGUUUUUAUUCUAAACCACGGGUGACUGUUAAAUCCCACGCGUUUGUGUCUCACUUCAGAUCAUUGAUCACCUUUACCGUAGGCUACAUGUUUAAUCAUUCAGUGCACGUGGAUUGGAGCGAUUCUGAAAAUUGGCUUUGAUAUGCAGUUAGGGUAUAGGGGGCUUUAGGAUGUCAAAAGCCCAACUUUUUAAAGGUUUUUAUCCCACGGAGAUCUAUCUGGGAGUCUAUAUUUCUGUAUAUGUUUCAGCCCAUGUGAAUACUUGUUUGUACAACGUAGGCUAGUCGUAGUUAUACAUCUAUACAUCGAAUAUAGAAAAUGACAUACGCUCACAUUGCUGUGGGACAUCCCGGGUUAGUAUGGUCAUUGUUAGCCUGUAAACUAAUGAUCAUCCUAUGGCUAGAAAAGGGAAGGAGAACUAGAGGACAGGGAGAGAAAAGUGCCUGUGUAAGGAGAUCUCACGCCAUUGUGUGUGUGUGUGAGGUGGCUCUGCUGGAGUGGGGGUGGGCAGGAUCACUGAGGUCGGCAGCCGUAUAAAGUGAAUGGAUAGCGGCCACCCCAUCACCCCCAGUCAAUCCUUACGCACACAAAGAGCCGGAUUGAAAGGAAGUGAUUUGCAUCACCUCUCUUUAUGGGGGGAGGGGCGGUGUUUUGGGCUGUCUGUCCUUUAGGUCUAGGUUUCAGGCAGUGCACUAAAGUCUGACCGCAUACUAUUGUUUGGUCAACGUGAUGUGUUAUCUAAUUCUCACUUUUAAGAGGGAACACUUGUCCAAACUGAAGGGACUUUUUAACUUUAAAGCACUUAUCUGGCGCUGUUCUUGAGGCAUAUGCACUCUUUGAUGAUAAUAAAGCGCACUGGAGUCAUAUGGGUUUACUUAGGCUAUACACCGUGAAAUAUCCAGCUGACUUCCAUAUUGCUUUGAUCGUUUGAAACACAACUACACACGGCGAUGAUUACAAUAUAUAAAAACAAUACAAGUCAAACCGGGACAAAGUCCAGUAGUCUGGGGGCGUGGUAAUGUCUUCUUGCAUAAUCAUUGUCGAUAUUGGUGGUUUUGACGUUAAAAGUUAUUUCCACUGGUCAUCGGACAAGCAGUUGAUGAGAAUUUGUGGCUGGCAGGGGGGCUUAUUUGUCACUUUAUUGCCCACACUAAAGGAGCAGCAGUGAUAUCAGGAAGAGUGGAGUGUGCUGGCAUGGGGUCGUGAAGAAAACAAAAAAGCGAAGCCUUUGAAGGUUCACUUCCUAUCAAUCAGAUCGAUCGGCAUGGAAACCAGCGCAGCGUUUGAUGUCGGGUUGUACACAGUUUUAAAGCUGCAAAUCGCUCCACGCACACUGCUGUCCGGCUGUGUGUGUGCUGCCUCAGCGAUCCCCGCCCCCGUUUGUCCCGCGAUCUCAAUAGGAGUGUGUGAGAGUGAAUGAAUGAACAAUCGCCGCCCAUUUUACUAUGAGUUGUGACGAACAUGAAGAAUAUUAAAGUGAUACACACGCGCCAGGAGGACAGAUGGCGUUGGCUAUACGGCUGCUACAUCAACAAUAGGGUGAGGAGACCCCAGAGAGAUGAUUGGCAGCAGAAGCUGAGACAUAACACAACUGUGAAUCAAUAACUUGGUGCUACUCUGAAAGCCAAUAGGCUUUGGGGUUCCUGGUGCUAAAGACAGAGGCAUUGGACAGUACAUUCAUUCUCAGUGAGUGAGGCCCUCUCUGUGCUGCAGUGGAGGGCUUCACACACUCCGCUAGUCUGGCUGGAUGCAUCACGCAGUAGAGCAGUUUGGCGGGCGUGGCACACGGGACUCCUUCCCUCUGGACGGACUCAACCGGGGACCAUGGGCUCCCGUGGGCGGCCGCGCCUGGCAGCCACCUGCGAGGUGUUCGCCUGGAAUGAACCAACACCAGCUCCUUUCCCAUCUACCUCCUGGUCCUAUGGGCGGACUCAACCAUCCCAGUAAAUUAUUUGGAAAUGGGCCAAUGCGUGGAGGUGAGAAGCUUGAGCUUCCCCAGCAAAUGGUACCAGGUGUGCAGAGGGAGCAGCAGAGGCCUCCUCAUCAUCAUCUUCACCCUCCACCCCCCCACAGAGCGUGGGAGCAACUAGGUCAGCUGUAUGAUUCCCACCUCCCUCCUCAAGGACAUCCUGGCGUGCCACUGCCAAAUGAGCACUCACUCCGCCUCCAUAAUGGCGGCUAUGCAGGCAGCAGCGGCCCACCCCCCAUCCCCCACCUAGCCCCCAACACCCAUCUACCCCUCAACCCCCAUCUAGCCCCAGCAGGCCAAACCAACAGCUGAAGUUUGGGGGUCCUCAGGAGCAGCAUGUUCCCCGGGGUCCACCACUGCUGGGAGAAGAGAUGUGGGCUCAGGUGCACCAGCAGAGGGGCUACCCAGGGAAGAUGCUCGGGGGUCAGCUGAAGAGACCGGGCCCUCCAUUGGGAGAGCACUCUGUCAUCCAGCACACUCCUCCACCCCCCAUGCACCCGUCCUCCCGCCCAGCUGCAGAGGACUGUCCCAGUCCCAACAAACGGAAAAAGAGUUCAGAUCAGGUAUCCCACCCCGGGCUGCAGCGUUUCCCUGUGCCAGGCCAGUCUUUGUUAUCUCAGCACCAGUCUUCAGCCCACCACCUCCCUCCAAAAGCUGCCUUCUGGAACCCCCUUCACAAAAACAACAGCACUCCCUGGCAGCCCCAGAUGUCUGAACGCAAACAUCCACAAUCACAGGACUUCCAGCUCAGAACAGAAAACAACAAACAAGGAAUGGGUAGCUACGCCCAGAAGUCCUCCCCUGCCUCCACCGCUUCAAACCUCUCGCCUCCACAAAACUCCACCCUGGGAAGCUACAACCAGGGAUUUGCCCCUCAGCUCCAGAAAGACGCAUUCCAACCUCUGGCUGUAAACCAGCAGUCUCCUCACUCCUCCUACCCCAGCCCAAGCUCCAAACUGGGGCUCCUGGGUCCUCACAGCCAGAGAGGCCCUCUCAUCGGGGGCCAAGGUGGUAGCCAAGCUACCUCUCACACGGCAUGCACCCCAACCAGGGGAGACAGAGAUCAACACCCACACGCCCAAUCGUCACCAGCAAACCCGCCUGCCACCACCAGCAGCAGUGUGCCUUACAGCCACUUCCAGCCUCACCCAGGGCUGGGGCACAAGGGUCCUCCUCCUGCCAGCAGCACCUCAGUACCUCAGCACCUGCAGAGUGGGCCCCAUGAGGCCUGGAGAUACCAGAGCAGGCCCAGCAGUCACUCCCUCGAGUCGGGCAUCUACAGGCCUCCAGGACUGCUACCUCAGCGCCAGCAGAGCCACAAUCAGCUGGUGGACAGUCGGGGUCCUACACAGCAUCAACAUCAUGUCCUCCCCCCUCUACCCCUAACCAACUCCACCCGGACACCUGUCAUCACCGCCAACCUUCCCACACCCCAGUCAUCGUGCUCCAUCGGUGGUUACGGCAACAACAGGAGCUCUACUAGUGUAACCAUGGCUGCUGUGUCCACGGUGACCACAUCACCCCCUGCUGGUUGCCCUGUGAACAAUGGCAGCAGUAACAGCAGCUGGCAGAGAGGAAGAGAGCCGGCACCCCUUACCUCCACCCGUGGCAUCCCUGGCCCCACCCCUCAGCUGGAUGCUCUGCUGCAGCCAGGAUGUCAGAGAGGCCAAGCUGCCCCCGGCAACCAGCCUUACCAUCAACAGGGACCCAACAGCGCCCGGCCACUGAAGGGGAAGACGUCGUAUUACGCUCAGGCAGAACUGGAGAACCCUCCAUUUCCUUCGUCAUCCUCCUCUCUGUUCUCCUCAGGACACCAGAGGACAGGGGACAGUGUGAUCACAAGCAGACUUUCACAUCCUCUUCCAAGCUCUCCUCACACGUACCGCUCCACGGCAGCUCAGCCCUCCCACUCCAGACCGGCUCAUCAGUCACAGUAUGCCCUGCCUCAGGCAUACCCCCAGCCUCAGCUCCCUCCCCCCGCUCCGAUCUCUGUCCCUCAGUCCAUCGAAGAGGCUCUAGACAAACUUGAUGCAGAGCUGGAGGGUCACAUGCAAGCUGAAGAGAGGAGGAGCAGGGACAGAGAGGAUCAAGUGCGAAAACUGAGAGAAGAGGAGAGGAGGAAGAAAGAAUGGGAAAUAAGACAAAAGCGGGACGAGGAGAGAAAGAGGAAAGAGGAAGAGGAGAGGAAGCAGAGAGACCAUGAUAGACAAGAGGAGGAGAGGAGAAGGAGAGAGUGGGAGAGACAGGAGCAAGAGAGGAAAAGGAGGCAAGAUGAAGAGAGGAGGAAGAGAGAAUCUGAGAUGCUCGAGGAGGAGAGGAAGAGGAGAGAGUGGGAGAGGCAGGAAGAGGAGAGGAAAAAGAGAGAGUGGGAGAAAAAGGAGCAAGAAAAGGAGAGGAGAGAGUGGGAGAGGCAAGAGGAGGAGAGGAAGAGGAGAGAAGCAGAGAAGCAGGAGCAAAAGAAGAGAGAACUGGAGAGGCGGGAUGAAGAAACUAAAAAACAAAGGGAGAGGAAAGAGGAGGAGGAGGAGGAGAGGAGGAGGAGGAGGGAGGAGGAACUGAGCAGUGCAAAAGGCAAAGAGCAGACUGCAAUUGAGAAUCUGGAGAGACUGCUUUCCGGCAACAAUUGUUCAACACCCCCCCCUUCUCGUCUCUCUUCUGUUACUGCUCCUCCCUCAGGUCCCUCUCCCCCCAGUGCCCAGACUUCUCCCCCUUACCCCUGGCUCAGCCGUGGGGGUGUGCUCCCCACACCACCAGCACUGACACCCCCCACCAUCACUCCAGUAGAAAGGCUGCGGCCGCCCCCUCUUACACCUCAGACGGAGUAUGCCAGAGAGAAGCAGAGGCAGAGGGAGAUGUGGAGCAACAAUAGCGGAACGACAUUCAGUCCCUCAUCAACACACAAUACCUCAGGGAUGAUGUACCCCCACAAGCCCCCGGCUAUGCAAGCCGCGCCCAACCAAUCCAAAGACUCCGUCAGGGAGCGAGAGAGCAGCGUACCCUCUCUCCCCGCCUUGGCCCUCCGAGAACCCCCCAAACUCUAUCAGGCCUUUCCCAGAGAAAACCUCCCCCCGCCUCUAUCCUCCAGCUCCAUGAAGGGAAUCCUCAACAAGCCUGUGGCAGGAAGUGGUUUGGAAACAGGCACAGACUCUGCCCAGUUUGAGGAGGAGCCCUCCGAGAUGUCCACGCUGCUCCCUGAUGGUCUGGCCAACAUAAUGGCCAUGCUGGAUGAAUCCAUCCAAAAGGAAGAGGAGAUGUAUAACAGCGAAAAGACAGGGUCCACAGGUCUUCUUGACAACUUUAAUCCUAGUGUCCAGCCUAUCAAGAGCUACCUGUGUGCCCCAGACCUCAUUCCAGCAUUGAAGCACCAGCCCAACCAGGAAGACUUUGGAUCAAAUCCGCACGCUAGCCCCCCCGUGCUCAGUCGCCAAGGCUCUCUGGCUUCCCCUUGCAGCCGGACGUCUUCUCUGAACGAGGAGGAUGAGGAUUGCCAUAAACCUUCACAUGUCCCUCUGAACCAUAAGCGGUCAGCGGACACGGGAGUGGGGAACACCAACUACCGCCACAGUGACCUGGCUAAACUAUAUGGCCUCCCUGAGCAGAUUAAAAGUGAGGCUGAUGAGGAGGAGGAUGAAGAAGAGUCUGAGACACCAUCGUGUUCUCCACCACCUCAAAGACCCCACCUCCAUCAAACUGGUGUAAACAGCAUGUUCAAAUCCCUAGCAACAGUCCUAGAGAGUCAGAAGUAUGCUUACCGUGGUGGGCCUUUUGGGAGACCACCUCCCUCGGCUCUGCUCGGGGUCAAAUAUUCCUCUUCACUGUCGCUGGGCCCGGAUAUCUGUCGCCAGCAGCAAGGCAGCUCUCCCACUUCAGAUCCAAACAAUCCACCAUUCAGUCCCGCUGUCCCACCUCUGAAGUCCUCCCCCCCUCCACUAGAAGAUCAGAAACUCAAAAUAGAGGACGCUGAUGUCUGGAGAGAUGACGGCGGUUCAACAGAAGACCGAAUGAACUCCAACAAAAAGGAGAGUAUUUCUAAUAACCCUAUCAAGGUGGUCAAGAAGGAGCGGCAGCUGACGACCAUCUCCGAGUCUUCUCUGGCUGAGUUGGGCAAAAGCUGCGAGGUCAUGCUUAGUCGACAGUCACUUCCUAACAAGAACUCUGUGGAUAAAUCCGAUAGCCAAGUGAAAGUGGAGGACAGACACAAACCUGAGAAAGUGAAAGAACGCAGAGACAAAGACAGGCACAGGGAGAAAGAGAAGAAGAGGAAGCACGGCCACAGUAGCAGCAGGAAGCAUGAAGACAGGAAAGAAAAGAAGAAGCAUAGAGAAAAGAGAGAGGAGAUGGCCUUGUCCUCUUCUUCAUCAUCAUCUUCCUCCACUCAUUGCAGCUCCAGCCACAAGCGGCACAAGGAUGGCAAGAAGGAAAAGAAGGACCGCAGAAUUCUCGGCGACCUCAACCUCCAGAGCAAGGACGGCUCUGAGAAGAAUCUGGAUCAUUUAUGACACAGAAAAAACAAAGCUGACGGAGCGUCCGGCACCAGCUCCGCCAGUGAAGGAGAGGGUCCUGAAAGGUCUUCUGAGGACAGAAAAGACUCUGAAUCUGGUUCUUCACUGGGUUCAACAGACUUCUUGAAACUGAAGGCGCUGUCGGACGGGCCGCCCAAAGAGCUGAAGAUCCGCCUCAUCAAGGUGGAGAGCGGGGACAGGGAGACGUUCAUGGCCUCUGAGGUGGAGGAGAAGAGGAUCCCACUGGAGGAAAUCACCAUUAAGAACAGUGCCAGUGAGAUCAUCAGGUCCUGCAAGGGAGCCAGAGUGAAAGACAAGUUCCGGGAGUCCUUUCUUCUCCCAGCCUUCUCUGUGAAGCCCGUCAUGCCAGACGAACCCAUCCCCAGAGAGAAACUCAACCCUCCUACACCCAGCAUCUAUUUGGAGAGUAAGAGGGACGCCUUCUCCCCUGUGCUGCUGCAGUUUUGUACUGACCCCAAGAAUCCUGUUACUGUCGUCAGAGGCCUGGCUGGAUCCCUACGACUCAACCUGGGCCUGUUUUCUACAAAGUCACUGGUUGAAGCCAAUGCAGAGCAGUCGGUGGAGGUGAGGACUCAGGUGCAGCAGCCCGCUGAUGAGAACUGGGACCCCAGUGGGACGGGUCAGACAUGGCCCUGCGAGAGCAGCCGCUCCCACACCACCAUCGCCAAAUAUGCCCAGUACCAGGCAUCCAGCUUCCAAGAGAGUCUUCAGGAGGAGAAAGGCAUGAUGACGAGGGAUGAUGAAGAUGAGAAGGAGAAGCAGCCAUCCACAAGCUCUGAUGCUCCAAGCAAGGACAUCUCUAAAGAAAGCAGCAGUGCUGAGCAGAAAGCAGUUGGGAAGAUUAUCAAGUUUGGCACCAACAUUGACCUCUCAGAUCCCAAGAGGUGGAAGCCCCAGCUUCAGGAGUUGCAGAAGCUGCCAGCAUUUAUGCGUGUAGCAUCCAGCGGAAAUAUGCUGAGUCAUGUUGGACACACCAUACUCGGGAUGAACACAGUCCAGCUCUACAUGAAGGUCCCAGGGAGCCGGACGCCAGGUCACCAGGAGAACAAUAACUUUUGCUCGGUGAACAUCAACAUCGGCCCUGGAGACUGCGAGUGGUUCUCUGUCCAUGAGAACUACUGGCAGGCCAUCAAUGACUUCUGUGCAAAGCAUGGCGUGGACUACCUGACAGGGUCCUGGUGGCCGGUGCUGGAGGACCUCUACAAAGCCAACAUCCCCGUGUAUCGCUUCAUCCAGCGGCCGGGGGACUUGGUGUGGAUAAACGCUGGAACUGUUCACUGGGUGCAGGCCGUGGGCUGGUGCAACAACAUCGCCUGGAACGUCGGACCCCUCAAUGCUUACCAGUACCAGCUGGCCCUGGAGCGGUUUGAGUGGAACGAAGUGAAGAAAGUCAAAUCCAUCGUCCCCAUGAUUCAUGUGUCCUGGAACGCAGCCCGCACUGUCAAGAUAACCGACCCUGACACCUUCAAGUUGGUCAAACACUGCCUACUGCAGUCCAUGAAGCACAUCCAGAUCCUGCGUGACCAGCUGGUGGUCUUAGGAAAGAAGAUUUCCUAUCAGAGUCGGGUCAAGGACGAGCCCGCCUACUACUGCAACGAAUGUGACUUGGAGGUAUUCGAUUUGUUGUUUGUGACAAGUGAGAGCAACAGCCGAAAGACAUAUGUGGUUCACUGUGAGGAGUGCGCACGUCAGCGUAGCCCAAACCUGAACAAUGUGGUGGUGCUGGAGCAGUACCGCAUGGAGGAGCUCAUGACCACAUACGACUCCUUUAACCUGGCCUCCUCCCGGUGACAGAGAUCAUCUCCUGCGUAUCCUCAGCCAUAACCAAAACUCCUGCAAGCCAGGAAAAAAGACACAGGUUCACUUUGGUUUUCAACUUACCCUUUCAUUUUUGCUACUACUUGCCGAACAGCCAGUUGAAUACGUUUACUCAUCAUUACUGUUUACAAAAAGAAAAUACCAAGCCGCCAAUAAAUACCAGUUUACUCUCAGAUGGUGCUUUGAGCCAGACGCCCUGGUCACAUAGGAACCCAGGGGGCAGGUGGUGCUGCCGGUGAACAAACUGCGGAGGGUAGUUGGUGCAUUUCUGUUGUAUUGAAUACUGACAUUUGUACAUGCUGUUUGCAAUUUUUGUGGGGUGCUGUCUUUUUUUAAAUAAUUUAUUGUUUUGUUGUUUUCUAAAACUAGAUCAGCCUAGAUAUAUACCACAUUGGCCUUGUAUUUAGAAAAGAGAGAAAAUGACAAAUACUAAUAAUAAAGAUAAAGAUAUGAACAUUUUUCUAAAGCAUUAAGAAUUUAAAAAAAUACAAAUGUUUGGAGUGCUUCAAAACAUACGGGUUUUAACGACUUUCGUUGUUUUGGGGGGGAUUUCAUUUUGUCUUUCAGAUUCUUGUAUGUAAUGUAAAUCUUGUGUUUGUAUUUCCUCAAUCACUUGUCAGGUCUUUUUUUAUUUCUGUAUGGAUACUCUUUGAAGGAAGACAAAACUCAUUACCAUCUGGUGUUGUGUGUUUUACUUCUGAUUGUUUUGGUCCAAUUUGCAGACUUUGGAUUCAUUUACUUUUUUGGCAUUGUACAUUUAAUUUAAAAUGUUUUCUCUAUUUAUUGGAUAUUAAUGUUCUCCCUUUUUUAAUAGGGUUGUACAAGGUUGCGAUUUUUGUUUCUUCUUAUUUUUUGAUAGUGACCGAUUGCUCUGUAAGAAUUGAAACGUGGGGGUUGUGUGUCCACAGGAGUGGAGGUUGCUGUUGUCUGGUGCUUGGCUCUAUUGACUCCUGGUAUAUAUUAUAUAAUAUCUUUAUCCUGAAAAUAACACCACCUUUCCUGUAGACGAUAGGCACACUGCUCACGUAGAGAAGAUGACUAAUGGAAUGCUGUGUUUGUAUGCUCAUUGAGGAAAAACAGUUUUUUCCAAAUUGUUUUUAGAAAUGGUAAUUUUUUGUUUUCAUUAUGUAGGGGGCUUUUAGACAAGAUUUUAUGAUAUUAUAUGUUGAAUAUGAUAACGGGAUAGAUGGUGCUAAAUGUUCAAUUUGAACAACUCUUUUUCUGUUUAUCUUCUUAAAAUGAGAAUUCUAUUUUUACUGUUGCAAUAUUACCUUUUCUUCUCUUUGUGGUCAUUUAUUUAUAACUGCACUGUUUAGAGAAUUCACAGACACACACACCAAACUGAGCCAGACAUGUCUUAAACACUUGUGAAUUUGUGUGACAUUAAAAUGACAAUUAAUAAAAAAAUGCUUUUUGAUAAAUCCA